AUGGCUGAUACAGGGUUCAAAAGGGGCACUCAUGCCGUCAAUCAGUUUCAUACGUCUAUUUCCAAGUCUCACGAAUCUCCGAGUUUAAACGCUUUCGAAGGCAGUGGGCUCGCGGUGUUUUGCUCAUGGUAA